UUUAUUGAUUAAUAUCUAAUAUAUGGACGUAGUCCGCCUAAUUUCACUGGCUUUGUUGGCUAUUGUUCUAUUUGUUUUGAUGGAUGCUGUACCGUACGCCACGCCGUACUAACCGUACCGUUUCCCAAAAUUCCUGCAACCAUCAGGCCGGUCGCCGGUAGUAACAUUUUUGUAGUGCAAGAAUUUUGCUUGUAUUUAAUUGUUUGUUACAUAAUUGUGUAAAAGUGCUUCUGUAAAGGAUACUACUAUGCAGGUUAGUAAUGAAUUUGUUCUGAUUGCAUUAUUUAAUCACAACAACAAAAAUGACAGGAACCGGAGCUCAUGAGAGACUGAAAAACAAAUUUGUGGAGGAUUUAGGAUUGGAAAGUUCAAUUCCUUUAUUUUUAAUUCAAUCAAGAACAUGGCAGAAUUGGAGCUGCAUGCUAGUUCACGACGAACAGAGCAAUAAUGUCGAAGGGAGCGCCGCCGACCCGCCGCCUCCCGCGGCGCGGCGUGCGGCAGGUGAGGCGGGCGCGAGCCGCCGACGGAUGUGGGACAUCAAAAAGUUCCUUCCGGAGCGUGCCUGGUGCAUGGCUAUGUGCUCGAACUUUCCCAGGAGCGGAUCGCGAAUAUUAACCGAUCGCGCGAUUCUGGAAAAACGAGCAGUGUGGAUGGAAAAACGUGAAGGAAGAGGCCAGUGUGGAGAAGAUUACAAUUCUCCACACUUUAAUGAACAAACACCCCCAUCUCAACCAGUUUCUCAAUACCAACGACCGAAUCCAGAAGAUCAUAAGAAUCCUGUAACCACCACCAUCAAUCCCAAUAACCAAAUCUUCCCCGAAUCUACCUUCAACGAAAAAAAAAAACCCCAGCUUCCCUAUCCAGUUUCAGGAAGACGUAGCAGCAAGGUGAGCAGCGAAAAAGCCUCUCCUUACGUCGCAGUCACGUACCAUCCAGAAGGCUCGAUAAUAACGGCGCAUUACGCGAGGGCACGAUCCCGAACGGUAAUUGGGCGGGAUUAUUUAGUUGUCUCGCGGCGUAUUCGGGAGGGCGUCGGAGGUUCUUUGAAUGUUCGCCCGACGCCGGUGGGAAAAGGGGUCGGGGCGGACGGGCCUAGUCGAGUGACGGGAGAAUAUCAAAGUCGACGAAAACAUUAUUAUGGAAGUUUUAAUGAAAUCGAAGAUCCGCCCGCGGCGCUCCUAAUUCGAAAGAAACCCGACAAACUCCCAAUCGACAGCGAACUUUUAACCUUUUCCGAUCUGUUUUUCCCUCUUAUAAGCCGAAGAUUUCUCAAAAAUUCGCUCGAUUUGUCGCGCAUAUUUCGACCGAAUUAA